CAAAAAAGUCAUUGCCAUUUCUCAAUUUAAUUAAAUUAUAAAUAAAGUAUUUCAGUCCCGAAUGCGAAUGAAAUGAAACGUGGAAAUUCUUCAUUCAGUUCAUGUGGAAAAAAAGAAGAAAGAAGACUAAAAACGCAAAACAAAUCAUCCUAAAACUCCAGCCUGCAGGUGGCAGCAACACGGCAGCUAACUGCUCGCCUGGUUAAGGUAGUAGAAGAAAAGGAGGAACCUCAACAAUUCAGUUAACUGUGUAUUGGAAGAAAAGCCAUCGGUGUUUGUUCAGAUAUAAGCUGUAAAGUGUCGAUGAACGGGUAUUUUUGAUACGUCAGUGAUGGAUACCGUCAUUAGGUGUGCUGACCUGUGAUCCGCACCAAGCAGAAAGCAGGAAUUAGCCUGUUCCCUGAGGCUUGCUCCUUCAUUGUAAACCAGGUUUUAUCAAUUUAGGAGAGCGACAUGGACAGGAGCAGUGUCCUCUACCAGGUAAUGCCUGCUAUUGGAGCCGAUGGGAAGGAUAUUAUGAAGCUGAUUCCUGUCCAGCGGAGCAACGGGCAGCCUCCCCCGACCCAGCAGGACGUCGGACAGUCCUACUUGAGUCAGACACAUGUCCAGGUAAUCAAUGGACAGUCGUUCCCCACUCAGACGCCCAUCCUGAGAACCACCGGACUGUCUCACCCGACCCUGACGCCUGUUCAGUUACUCAAUGCACAGUUCUUCCCCACUCAGAUCCCUGUCCAGUCUUUUCCCAUCCAGACACCUGUCCAGAUAAUUAAUGGACAGUCCACCCCGGUGCAAAUGCCUUCCCAGAGGACCGAUGGACAGUCCUACCUGACUACGGCUUCUCAGAAAGUCUUUACAGUGUUUAAACCCCUGCUUCAGAGCGCCUCUCCGCCGUUUGUUUCUCCGCUGAAUGUGUUGGAUGGUCAAAUGGACUCCUUACAAACCCAAAGUCCUCAGCAGACUGGAUCCCCUUCAGUAGGAGGCUCCAGUGAGAUUCCAGCAUCAGAGACAUCUCCAGCACUCUGCAAGUCAGAAGUCCCAAAUUUCUUUACUGAAGCACAUAUCCCGAGUGUUUCCGUAUCCAAGCAUCAGCCAGGCAUCAAGGAUCAGACAUUUUCUCCCUCUGCAAGUUUCUCUGCCAAAUGCAGCUCCCCCAUUGUGAUCUACGUGUCACCAGACAUCACGGAGAACCCAGAGGUAUCCCAAACCAUUGGCUCUGCGGCCGACAAGCUGAGAGAACUGGCAGUGAUGGUAAACGCUUGUGAUUCGCUGUGCAAGAGUGCAGGAUCAGAACCGUUCACCUGUGACGCACCUUUAAAGAGAGGACCAGCACCAAGGUUAAAACUGAUUCCAAAGGCGUCGGGGAGACCUAACAGCCCAACCCGGUGGAUCAUAGAGGAGAUGGGUAGCCGGUUAGCCAUAGACCCCUCCUUAGAGUCGCCUUCUUCUGAAUCUGCCCAUUUCUCCAAGAAGUAUGGCAUUCCCAAUCAAACCCUGCUGGAAAAUCCGAAUCCUUGGGUGAUGUAUGAUGGAAGGAUGUUUUAUGGAACCAAAGCGGGCCACUCGUCUUCUAAACCCCCCACAGCCACACAGUCACUUCCUCCAUCUUCAGUUUCAUCUUCACAACAGCCAGUCGGGUCAGCGGGCUCGCUAACAAACGAAGUGAUUGAUCUUUGUGACGACGACUGCUCUCCGUCCUCCAACAUGUCCUCCAUUUGCUGUGAAGAGGAAGACCAUGUGAUCUUUGUGUCUUAUGUUCCACCUAAAUCCAAGCCUGGCUCUGGUCUGAAGGAUGGGUUGGGAAGUGGAAGCUCCAGCAGCAGGACUAAUGCUACGGCUGGAAGAGACACAGGUCAGGUCCAGAGCCCCUCCUUCAGCCUCGAUGGUUCUGGUCCAGCAGAGCUGGUCAUAGUUGAGGGUUUAAACCCAAAGUGUCUGAUAGGAAUGACUGAGCAGUGUCCAGAUAAUCUGGAGAUGGACACUGAGACGGGACGCUCAGGGAGUCCCAGGAAGGAAGAACAUCCUGUACAGAACUCUGAACUUCCUGUUCCUGUGGGGACAUCUUCAACAGCACCAGAACCCUGUCAAAAAUCCGACCACCAGCUCAGAAACAUAUUUGGGAUUACAGCUGAUGUAAAAAUUUGCCUUCAAAAGAUUGAUGAAAUGCCACAUUGGUGCGUCUCAGCAAACGUGGUACAAGCAAAGUCCCAAGGUGCAGUGGACGGGGAUGACCCGUCGAGAGACGUUCUAAAAGCCAAAGAGGUUUCUCUGCGCGACUUUCCCAGUCCAGAUAAACUGGACAUUAGCGUCCAGACUGAACGGGAGCACUCACCGUCUCCUCAGUCCAGAACUCUGAGAAGUCCAUGUGUCUCAAAGGAGAACUGCUGUUCCUUUUCACCUCAGACCAAGCCUGUGUUCAGCUACGUCGAACCCAUUGAUGAGGACUUCCCCGACGAAAACGACCUUCCCCAGUUACAGCAGGACACGCCUGUCCAUCCUCAGACGCAGACAUGUGUGGAAGUCAACGCGAACACUAGGAGAAUGGGGCGGACGAGGAAACGCACCAUGUGUCUGUGCUGUGUCCCCCCUAUUCUGCUUCCCGUUAUCAAAUCCGGCACCAGGUUGGAAGAGUUGGAGAUGUGGAUGUCGGCGACAGAGCCGGCGAGUAAACGAGUAGGGCGAACGAAGGGUGUGAGGAAAACCUCCACAAGGAUCGACCACCCCAGCUGUAGAGUACACAAGCCUCCCGCCGCCAGUGACUAAUCCACCGUCCUUGAGGGAUUAAAAAGACACGAACAGAUCAGGAGACACAAUGAACAUCAGGCGAAGAAGCGACACAAAUGACCAGUACCAAUGCUGGGACACUGCAACACUACAGGGACAGACAGGAGCUUCACGUUCUACCUAGCUGAAGGAAUAGUUAGUCAUGUAACAUCUUUGCUCCGUUUCUAUCUUCUGAAAUAUGCAACAUGUUUUUAUAAACUUGGUUGUAUAUCUUACAGGACUCUACAGAUAGCUGCACUAAAAGGUUUCUAAUAAGAUAUUUUAGUAUUUUACUGUUAAUGUAGGUCUAGAGUUUGAGUUUAUUAUUGCUUUCUUAUUGCCUCUAAUUGUCGGAGAUUAUUUAGGAGUCAUGCAACACUUACUAACCUCAGUAGUGUGUAGUGUGGCCAACAAGACGCCUCAAUCACAGACCUAACAUAUUUGGGAUUACAGCUGAUGUAAACAUAUUAAUGCAUUAUGCAUCAGUGCAGAUGCAUAAUGCAUUAAUAUGCAUCUGUACUGCAUAAUAUUAAUGCAGUAAAAAUAUUUUAAAGGGUACUGUGCCCUCUCUUAGAAAAAGAAAUAUAUAGCACUAGGUCACUACACCAUGGCUUCAGCUUAUUCACCACACAACCUAGGAGAAACUCUGUGUGUCUUCAUUCUACUGAGUAUACUGUGCUGAUUCUAUUUUUUUAAUUAUUAUUUUUGAGACCUAAACACUCCUUUUCUAAGGGAAUGUGGAAGUCUUAAGGUUUUUAAAGUUGUGCGUUACUGAGAAAAUGGCGCGGAUCAGUAUUGACGCAUAAUGCAUUAAUAUUCUACCAGUUGGUUCUGGUCCUAUGGAUUAAAGCUCCACCCAAAGUGCUUUCUGAUGUUUUUAUGCAUGCCAGAAAAGCUCCUGCUGUGUCUAAUUUAUCAGUAAAAUAAGAAAUCUAUGACAGUCUAAUUCGGUUGUAACAUCAGAUUGCCCAUCUAGUUUGUCUGUGCUGGAUCUACAAAGUUAACUCUUUUUACUAACUCUUUUCUAACAACUAUUAAAGUGCAAAUGUUGCCAUUCCAA